AAUUCCUUGUUUCAAGUCCGAACACACUUUCUCUCACACACACUCACUCACUCACUCCCCCAAAAAAUUAGUCUCAUUAUUUCUAACCUAAAUCCUUCAAUUCAGCCCUAAUUUCUUUAUGGGGGAAGAAGAUGCGGCAAAUGAAGUUGCGGAGACGGCGGGGAACGGGGUUGUGGAUAAAGAGGUUAAAGAUGUAAGUGAGAAGAAAGAGGAGGAAACGGAAAAGGAGGAAGUUAAAGAGAUGGAGGUGGAUGGAAAGGAUAAAGAGAAUGAUGAAAGUAAAGAAAUUGAGGUUGAUAAGGAAGAUAAAGAGGUAAGCGAAAAUGCGAAAGAAGAAGAAAAGGAGGAGGAGGUGGUAAAGGAUAAGAAAGAAGAAGGAGAAGACAAAGCAGGCGAAGAACCCAAGAGUGAAGCAAUGGAAGUUGAUGAGAAGGAAACUCCAGAUGAGGACACUGAGAAAAAGGAUGCAGAAGAUGCUGCUCCGAAAAAAGACGAGGAGAACCCGGAUGAGGAGAAUCAGGACGGGGAGAAUCAGGAAGAGGAGAAACAGGAUGAGGAGAAUCAGGAAGAGGAGAAACAGGAUGAGGAGAAACAGGUAAAGAAGGGAUCAAAGAAAAGUUCAAGAAAGAAGAGCGGCGGUGGAGAAAAAAGCAACAGCAAGACGAAGGCAUCAGGAGAGAAAAAAGUGAAGGAAAAAAAGGAGAAGGAACCCACAACUCCCGCUGCUCCUACAAUCGAGCGGCCUGUACGAGAGCGAAAAUCUGUAGAACGGUUGGUUGCAGUCAUUGACAAAGACACUGUCAAGGAAUUUCAUAUUGCCAAGGGCCGUGGUACAGCACUGAAGGAUAUUCCAAAUGUUGCAUACAAGUUAUCAAAGAAGAAGUUGAAUGAUGACACUAUUAAAGUGCUUCAUAACGUUUUAUAUGGAAGGCAGGGAAAGGCUUUGCAGCACAAGAGUAAUAUCUUGCGUUUUUCUGGCUUUGUCUGGACUGAAAAUGAGGAGAAGCAAAAAUUGAAAAUAAGAGAAAAGCUUGACAAGUUUAAGAAAGAAAAGCUGUUGGAAUUCUGUGAUCUGUUUGACAUUACCAUCAGCAGAUCUACAGGAAAGAAGGAAGAUGUCAUAGCGACACUGAUUGAAUUUAUGUUGGCUCCUCAUGCCACUACUAGCGAGCUGCUCGCAGAAAAAGAACAGUCAAGCAAAGGCAAAAAGCGUAAGAGUGCAAGCAAGAAAAGCUCAUCAACCCCUCGGUCCAAACCGUCAAAGAGCUCAUCUAAGAAGAUUAAAACUUCAGAAGAGGAUAUUAAGAAGGGUGCACCUGAAACAGAUGACUCGGAUGAUCAAGAAGAAGAUGAAGAGGACAAAGAUACUGAAGAACACGAAAAUGCGGACGGUGCUCCAGAAAAGUCCGAGGAUGAGAAAUCCGAGGAGACUGCAAGCGAAGAACAUGUGGCUGAACCCGAGUCCGAAGAAGAAAACAGUAAGAAGCGCAAAAGAGGUUCAAGCAAAUCUUCAAAGAAGGAAUUGGGUGUGAAACCUAUAACAAAAAAAGCAGCUACAGUUAAAAAGCGUAGCUCACCUCAAAAGAAGACUCCAGCCAAAUCAUCUACAAGUGGCUCAAAAGUCGAAGAAAGUGAUCCUGGUCGCAAGACUUUUUCCAGGAAGAAGAAAGAUACAGCAGUUGAAGAGAAGCCUGUAACUACAAAGAAGGCUGCUGCUCCCAAAGAGAAAACUGGGAAAAAGACUCUGAAAGAGAAAUCUAAGUCGGAAAAGCAGAAAAUAAGUGAUGAUGAGCUCAGAGAUGCAAUAUGUGAGAUCCUUAAAGAAGUAGACUUCAAUACGGCCACCUUUAUCGAUAUUCUCAAGCAGCUUGCUGACCGAUUCAAUACGGAUCUGACAUCAAGAAAGGCAUCCAUAAAAUUCAUGAUCCAGGAAGAGCUGACUAAGCUAGCUGACGAAGGAGACGAGGAGGAUGAAGAAGAACCGGAGAAGACUGGAAAGCAAGCAUCUGCAAAAGGGGUAAAGGCAUGAGGGUCCUAAAAAAAACACUUCUGGUACCACGAAAUUUAGUUUUGUUGUUGCUUUUGGUGUAGGCGUGUAACUUAAUGUUAGAUAUCGCAUUAGAAUGUCCACUGUAGAGGUAGAAGUGAAGAAGUGUAGGAGUGCAGUGGUUGGGCUGCAAGAUACAUGAUAUCAGAGUAUAAAUUAUAGGAAAUUUGUAUGUUGUCAUCAUAAUUUGACCCAUUUAUGGCUUUAUACUAUUUAGACA